AUGGCUGUAGAAGGCCUCCCGAGGUUCUUGCUUCCGAGACUCAGCUGGACUGGUCCGGCAACAGCUUCCCAAGGUCUGCGACCCCUCGCUGCCUUGACUCCGAAUUCCCGCCGACGGAUGCACACACAGCCCAAUGCGCUGCGCUACUCGAACAUAUCACCAAAAUGUCUCAGCACCGCCUUCAACCCCAAGCGCGCCUCGGUCCUGGAAACCCCAGGAUUGACUAGAUCGUUCCACGCGACCCCUGCGAGACGACGCGACCACCACUUUGAUACCUUGAAGUUUGUGCAGCGGCUGAAGAGCGAGGGGUUCACAGAGGUGCAAGCCGAGGCCAUGAUGAAGGUCCUCAACGAUGUGAUAGAGGAGAGCAUACAAAAUCUCACCCGAACCAUGGUCCUCCGCGAAGACGCUGCCAAGGCCACAUACACCCAGAAGGUCGACUUUGCUAAGCUGCGAUCCGAGCUUCUCUCCGCCGACAGCACCGAGUCCAGCACGACGCGCGCGUCCCACGAGAAGCUGAGCAACGACAUUGCGAAGCUCAGCUCCCGUCUGCGCGACGAGAUCGGCCGGACCCAGGCUAGCGUACGCUUGGAUCUCAACCUGGAGAAGGGUCGCAUCCGUGAGGAGGCUGUCGGCCAAGAGCUCAAGAUCAAGGAGACGGAGACCAAGAUUGAACAAGAGGUCGCGGCGCUGCGUGAGAAGCUGGAGCAAGUCAAGUUUCAGACGCUUCAGUGGCUUAUGGGAGUAUGCACUGGUUUCGCCGCUCUGCUUCUUGGUGCCUGGAGAUUGCUCAUGUAG